CACUCGAGUCAGGACCACAGGAGGGAACACACGCUGCCCCGCCACCAGCUGACCUGCCCCCCCACCAGCCCCCGCCACACCUCCACGCGGGCACCUCCCCUCUCCACCCCCCGGGGAUCCAAACGGGGGGACGGUCUUUGGAUUCGUUCCUGCCCUGCCUGUCUGUCUGUUCGUUCGUCUGUCACGAUGAGGCUGGCCGCAGUGUUGGCAGCAGCGGUAGUGGUGGUGGUGGUGGUGUCGGCCGCGCCCCCCUCUCCAAUGCGGCCCCCCAGCUCCGCCUCCGCCCCCAUGCUGCGGCCGAAGAGGGGAAACACGCCCCCCAAGUCAGCCACUAUCCCCUACUCUAAUUACCGCCGCGUCUCAGGUGUUCACAGGCCCUAUUCGGCGUGGAAACAAUUGGCCUCUGUCAGAAGGUACCGGUAUCCCCUGUACCGGAAACGCAGCUACCCAGCACACUACGACUACGAGGACGAGGUGUUCCUGCCGGAGGAGGAGGUGGAGGAGGAUUACCCGAGCUACGCCCCGCGCCCUUCACUCUUCAGGGAGCGCAACAUGAAGGAGGAGGAGGAAGAGGAGAUGGCAGCACUGGAGGAGGCGGCGAAGGAGGAGGCUGAGAGGCGCGAGAAUGAGUUGUUGCUGAACCAAGGGUACUUCCAUGACCUGCCUGACGAGGACGUGGCCGGGUAUGACUAUAGCGCGCCCUACGUCCUCUCCUACCCCGAGCUGGAGAGGCUCAACCAACUGUACGACAUGGAGAAGGAGGCCAUGGACGCCUCUGACCAGGACUUCCCCGUGUACGCCCCUGGGAGGAAGACCAUGGCGCCCACAGCCACAGGGAGGUUUUUACGACGCCCUCAGUUACGUCAGGAAGCGAGCCACGGAGAUGAAGCCCGAGGAGCCCCUGGGUGUGGACGUCGCCACGCCCCCGAGAGCCAAGAAGCCCCAGCAGUACCUUACGUCCGCGGCAGGCAGGUACUGGCGCGUGCGGGACGAGCAGCAGCAGCAGGAGGCGCAGCAGAAGGCCACCUCAGCCUCCUCGCCGCCGUCCGCGACCCAGACAUGAUGAUCCGCAAGAGAAAGAAGCGCAACACCACCACUGCAACCACCAACCGCCACCACCACCACCACCACUCCAGCAGCAGCCAAGAGGAGGAAAACCAACACGCCCUCCACCACCAUCACCACCAAGCCCAAGACCCACGCACCCACCACCACCAUCACCACCACCACGGCCCUCACCACCACGGCGGCGCGCAGCGACCACCGCAACAAGAGGGCCUUCAGCGAUUACUUCAAGUGGGAGAAGCGAGGCGAGGAGGAGCAGGAGGAGGAGGAAGAGGGGGACGCCGGAGAGGAGGAAGAGGAUAA